UACGACGUGUUGAUUUGGGUAUAGCGUGCUCACACUCGUUGACAAUGGAUAACGCAACGCGCAGUGCUUCAUUUUAGGGACGGCAUUAUAUGUUUUAUCUGGCAUCAGUUUUAGCGAUUUAAGUGCCAUCGCUAGUAAAUUUAUCAGCUGUGAUUUGAUAACGCAAUGAAAGAAAGGAUUAAAAUUUUGUUUAUCUGAUAACGUCGUUGCUCGCGAUUAUGAGUUGACAUUGUGUUACUUUUUCACUUUUAAAUUGCAUAAGAAGACUGUAGCCACGUGGAUUAUGCGGGGGUGAGCUAUUUGUUCCCGUGGUACAUCGAAAUAUUCGGCAAUGACUGAAAAAUACUGGAAAUAUGUCAUGUGUGGGGGCAUGGCUGGUGGUUCGGAGGUGCUCAUCACCUUUCCAACCGAUUAUAUAAAAACGCAGUUACAGCUAGAUGAAAAAGGUAAUAAAAAGAUGUACAACGGUGUGCUGGAUUGUUUUAGGAAGACCACCAAGCAAUAUGGCUUCCGGGGACUCUACCGCGGAAUGAGUGCCCUACUUUAUGGUAGCAUACCAAAAACCGCAGUAUGCUUUGGCUCAUUUGAAUUUUUCAAGUCUUAUCUAGUCGACGAGAAUAAAAUAUUAUCAACGUACAAUAGCUUCCUAUGUGGCUUUGCGACUGGAAUUGUGGAAUCUAUCCUUGUCACAACACCGAUGGAAACCUUAAAAGUGAAACUAAUAAAUGAUCGGCGCAGUAAGAAAUCACAGUAUCGUAGCUUUUUUCAUGCUGCUCGUGUCAUUUUAAAAACGGAUGGUUUUCGUGGCAUUUACAUGGGCCUUACACCCACACUACUCCGACAAUGCUCAAAUCAUGCAAUACGAUUUCCAGUGAUGGAGACAUUCAAGAAUUAUUACAAAGGUGAUAAUCCCACGCGGAAACCGCCGAAAUGGAUGGUGGCUGUGUUUGGAUUGGUAGCAGGCGGCAGUGCAGUAUUGGUGAAUACACCUGUCGAUACAUUAAAAACGCGCAUGCAAGGAUUAGAAGCAGCUAAAUAUAAAAAUACUCUAGAUUGUGUAUCCAAAAUAUAUCAUAACGAAGGCGUAUUAGCCUUUUAUAAAGGUAUGAUACCAAGGUUCAUACGUUUGUCAAUGCAAGCUUGUUGCAUUUUUACACUAUACGAGGUGUAUACGGAAGCUUUUGAUAAAUUAGAUGCAUAUUUGAAUGAAAAUAAUGCCAAGAGUUGAUUUGAUGAUUUGAUGGCACUGGAUGUUAGAAAUCUCAUACUCAUACUCAUACUUGUAGUAUGUUGAACAGUACGAAUACUCCCUAUUGUGCCAUACGCUUUUGUAUUUGGAAUGUGUCUUUGUAUAUCCUGCUAAACGAGCG